CUUGAACCUCAGGCCAAAUCGAGAGAUCCUGAGGGAUUGCUUGCCGGAAGCCGGCGCCAUGCCCAGCCUGGAUGUGGAUGACCAGCUCAGUGACGUGCUCAAGCAGGCAUCCCAGCUGGAGGACCUCACGGACCCUAAGGUGGCGGCCUUGCAGGCCGUGGCGCAGGCCUCGCAGGCCGCGGAAGAGCUGCGAGGAGUCCAGGAGUACCAGAGAGUCAACGACUGGGUGGCGGCAAACCCCUACUUCCGGCCGAGCUUCGUCUCCGGCCAUCAUCCUGCCGUGAUUGAGUCGCCACCAGACGUGAUGGGCAUGUUGGUCAGGACCAACCCCUUGGCAGCGUGGCAUGCGGCGGAGGCAGUGCGGAUGGCAGCAGAGGACUACCUGCCCGGUGGGGAUUUGUAUCACCAUGCAGACGGAUCCAAAGGCCCGGAUCUGGCCUUGAAGUUCAUGUCAUCCUCCUGCAUGCCACCCUGUGUCCUGCCGCUUGAGAGACACAAGGAGAAGCCUCGGGCCGGAGGCUUUCUGUGAGCCACGGCUGGCGUAGCGGCCGCGUGCCAAGGUGCCAGCGGCUUUCGAUGGUCUGGCGGUUUAGUGGUGGCAAUCCAACCGCUGAACUGCAGCAAUCUAAUUUGUUUUGCUCCCCAAACCCAAC